AUGAGUGAGGGCCAGCGAUUUCAGCUGGGAACCAUUGGUGCAUUGGGUCUAUCUGUGGUUUCGUCAGUGUCCAUUGUCAUUUGCAACAAGGCGCUCAUAACCACUCUUGGCUUCACUUUUGCUACAACAUUGACAAGCUGGCAUCUUCUGGUCACAUUUUGUUCACUUCAUGUUGCAAGAUGGAUGAAAUUGUUCGAGCACAAGCCAUUCGAUCCAAGAGCUGUCAUGGGAUUUGGAAUCCUGAAUGGGACAUCUAUUGGACUUCUAAAUCUAAGCCUGGGUUUCAAUUCUGUUGGUUUUUAUCAGAUGACAAAGCUGGCCAUUAUCCCCUGCACGGUUCUUUUAGAGACUCUUUUCUUCAGGAAAAUAUUCAGUAGGAAUGUUCAGCUCUCUCUCACUGUUCUUCUUGUGGGUGUUGGAAUUGCAACAGUGACUGAUCUGCAGCUAAAUUUGCUGGGUUCCACCUUGUCUCUGCUUGCAGUUCUUACAACUUGUGUUGCACAAAUUAUGACAAAUACCAUUCAGAAAAAGUUCAAGGUUUCUUCAACGCAACUCCUGUAUCAAUCUUGUCCAUAUCAGGCAAUCAUUCUAUUUGUAACUGGACCAUUUCUGGAUGGACUUUUGACGAAUCAGAAUGUGUUUGCUUUCAAUUAUACCCCUCAAGUGCUGGCAUUUAUUGUCUUUUCCUGCCUAAUAUCAGUUUCCGUGAACUUCAGUACCUUCCUGGUAAUUGGGAAGACAUCACCGGUCACUUAUCAAGUCCUAGGACAUCUGAAAACGUGCCUUGUUUUGGCCUUCGGCUACAUUCUUCUACAUGACCCCUUUAGCUGGCGAAACCUUUUAGGGAUCUUGGUUGCUAUAGUUGGGAUGGUACUUUAUUCUUAUUAUUGCAUAGUUGAGAGCCAGCAAAAGGCCGCUGCUGAAGCAGCAGCACAAUUGUCUCAGGCCAAGGAAAGUGAAUCCGAUCCUCUAAUUAAUAUUGAAAAUGAAGGAGGUAUUUUAACUGAAGGUGCUCCAAGAGGCCCUGGAUGGAUUUCGGACAAGGACCUACAAGCAUAA